CACUCAAGCUAAGCCUGCUGGCUUCAUUGAUAAAAAAAAAACUUAAAUGUAAGCUAUUUCACCGCCUGUUCUGAUCUGCUGCACGCACGAAAGGGUUUCUAUUUAUGCACUUUCCUUGUUUUCAAUUGCAUUGCCUAUGUCUGUUGUAUUUUCAUUAAACGCUUGAAAGUGAAUAAGGAUAUACAGGAUAAGGGUAGCGUAUAGCCUAUGAUACAGAAUUGGAGAAGGCGGCAGUGAGCUUUGAGCACAUGCUAACCAACUCAAAUAUUCCUAACGAUUCCCAUGUGUAGGCUAGUAGGCUAUAUACACCGCCACCAGAGUGCAUCACCAGAAAGUGUUUAAAUAAUUCCUAAAUCGUUUAAAUUGAGAUCACACCGUUUUAUCAUCGUUUAGACAGAUGGGUUUACCUACCACAAUCUUACCAAUGUUCCAGCAUGCACAUGCUGUUGCCCUAGGUAUGGGAUUUCUGAGACUUGUCUUAUCACGGACAAUGUUGGACCGUAAAAUAAGGUCUGGAAUGAAUAGUAGGCAAUUAAAUGUGUCAUUUUGCACCGAUAGCAUUUGACAUAAUGUAGCCUAAGUGUGGUAUGUGUAGCCUAUGGUGUUGUUUAGACGAUUCAUGUCAAUCAGCUGAGCUGCUGCUGCGCGUGUGCUGUCUAUUAAGAAACCCCUCUUAAAAUUUUCAUUGUGAGCUGCCAAGUGGGAGUUGCGAGCUGCACAAACCGAUUUAACAAAACCACAGAGGACACACGUCAACAAUAAAUAGUCUGUCACAUAGUCCAUGAGUUACCUUCACUGCGUAGCAUGGAUUCUGCCUUCCAGUGAAACUUUCCAGAGAGCCGAAUACAACAAGCCUACAUUUGCGUCCAGCUCACUGGAGUCUGGUGACCAUCCUGCCCCGCUCACACCUCUCAGCCAUGGCCAAGCUGCAGGCCCCCCAGGUGCUCCAGAGCCAGCCAGCAGCCCCAGAUGGUGGGUGGGGCGGGUGGUGGUGGGGGCCCUGUUUGUGACCUCCGCCCUGGUGUUUGGGAUCAUCCGGAGCAUGGGGGUCUUCUUGUGGAGUUUGUGCAGUACUUUGGGGAGAGCGCCCAGGCUGUCUCCUGGAUCACAUCCAUAGGUUGGCCAUGCAGCAGUGUGUCAGUGAGUCCAUUUGGCACAGCGUUGUGUAAUGGAUACGGUGCCAGACCUGUUGUGAUGGCAGGAGGUUGUCUCUCUGCACUCGGCUUCAUCCUGGCCUCACAGGCCACCUGCGUCACACACCUCUACCUCACCUUGGGCAUCAUCUCAGGUUCGGGCUGGGCAUUAGUCUUCACUCCUAUGGUGGCGUCAGUGAUGCAGUACUUCACCCGGAAGCGCUCCCUGGCCAUGGCGCUGGGCUUUACGGGUGUGGGCCUCUCGUCCUUCGCCUUCUCACCCCUCUUCCAGCUCUUGGUGGAGAUGUACACCUGGCGGGGGGCCCUUCUCAUCCUGGGGGGCCUCAGCCUCAACAUGGUGGCCUGCGGGGCCCUCAUCAGGCCCCUGGGGACUCACAAGGCUGUAGCUGCGCUGGCCCCAGGUGAGAGUGCCUGGUCCUGCGCCUCCCUCUUCCACCGGGCCUACUCCUACCUGGAGCUUUCCCUCCUCUUCCAGCGGCCCUUCCUCACUUACAGCCUGGCCAUCACCUUCUUCAACUGUGGCUACUUUGUGCCUUACGUCCACCUGGUGGCCCACAGCCGCCACGAGGGCUUCUCCCAGUAUCAGGCUGCCUUCGUCAUCUCAGCCACGGGUGUGACGGACAUCGUGGGCCGUGUGGUGUCCGGCUGGGCCUCGGACCUGGGCCGUCUCCGUCUGCCCCACAUGCUGGUCCUCUGGACGGGCCUGUUGGGCCUCUCCCUCCUCAUGCUGCCCCUGGGCUCCCUGGGGGGGUCCUACCCGGGCCUGCUCAUCAUCAGCCUAGCCUAUGGGUUCUGUGCCGGCGCCAUGACUCCCCUGGUGUUCUCGGUGGUGCCGGAGAUCGUGGGCAUGGAGCGGAUGCUGGGCGCCCUGGGGCUGCUACAGAUGAUCGAGAGCAUCGGGGGGCUGCUGGGGUCACCUCUGUCAGGUUUGUUGAAGGACCUGACAGGCAGUUACACGGCCUCCUUCCUGGUCGCUGGUGGUUUCCUCCUGCUGGGUACCAUGGUAAUGACCACUUUGCCUCACUUCUUCUCCUGCACCGACCAGCGCCCUCUCCAGAGACACGCCCGCAACUACAACAACAAGCAGCAGAACCAGCAGAGCCCUGAGUCUGGCCUCAUGACCAACUCCCUAUCAGAGAAACUCAACCACAUAGAUACCAUACCGUACUCUCAACCGCAACUGGACCGCGACAGCCUCGAGGCGGAACCAGAGGUGUACAUGCCUUUAAACUGAAGCAGAACCGAUGAUGCCACUACUAUAUGCUGAUUGGUUGCGCGGCGUUAGCAGCCAUACCUUACUUAGCCAAUAGGGCGGCUGAAUGCCUAGUUUCUCAGUGGAGUUUCCCCAUUGGUCUGGGGAGUACAUGGUUAAGGUGCACGAGUGCUACAGGUUUAUAUUCCGAAGUCGUGUACAUAUGUGGAGGAGGAAGACACAGACAGCAAGGCAAAAAUACACAUGGGCAGUGUGGGAUAUCUACUGUACACAUCCAACCAGUAUAUCGUGUUACAUAUGACUUGGCAGUGUUAUGACCAUGGCAUUUCACACGCAUAGCUUCUAACCAGAGGAGCCUGGUGGGAGGAUCUAUAGGAGGACGGGCUCAUUGUAAUGGCUGGAAUGGAAUCAAUGGAACGCUAUCAAACACAGCAACCAUAUGGAAACUCCGUUCCAUUGAUUCCAUUCCAGUCAUUACAAUGAGCCCUUCCUCCGAUAGCUCCUCCACUACUCCAUAUGUCACCAUGACUUUCAGAAUUUGCUCAUGUGAAGUCUUAUUUAGUUUUCUAGCUGUAGAGAAAAGGUCAACAUGGUGGGUGGCAUUCAGUAUAAGAAGUCCUCAGGCAACUCAGCUAGCUAUACAUCACAGACCAUAUCAUGUGACAGACUAGUUCAUGGCAUAUGUCCAACAUUUUUUACCCUUCUCUCUCUCUCCGUCCAAACAGAGCCUUGGGGUAGCCCACAGUAGGCUACCAUAUCACUGCAGGAUCAAUGUAGGUGUACUCACAAGAUCAACCACAUCUGGAUGGCAGAAUGUUUAUUUUGUAAGGAACUUCUAAAAGCUAAACAAGGAACCGUUCACACCAGGGCCACCAUUAGCAUUCAAUAUCUGCAAUGAGAAAGGCUUCUGAUUUGCUAUUUUAAACACAUCAGUCAGUCUCUAUCUGUACCCAUACUAAAUAGGUAGAGGGGAAUCCGGUUUGAGUUCUUUCCCCCACCCAACUCUCUGACUUGUCUAAUCUAGUAGGCUAUGCGUGAGUAAGAUUUAAGUAGCACUAAUCUGUUUUCUUUUAAUCAUUCUCUGGAAUGAUAUAUUCACAUGAGUCAUUUGGUGUUCUAUGUCAAAAAAUUGAUGAUUUGUUUUAUGUGUACAUCUCUGACCCCUGGUAUUAUUCAACUAACUCGAGGCCACAGUCCCAUAGUCAGGCUGCUAUGAGGAUAUGACGAGUUUAAUUCUAAAACGCUAUAUAUCAAUUUUCAGAAAUGUUUGUAAAUUAGCUUUUGUAGUUUAAAGAACUUAUUAAAGAGAUUGGUGUGUUUUUUCACUAUCUAAUCAUGGGGGUUGUUCAAUGACAGACAUGUCAUUGUUUGGAUUCGAUCACUUGGUGGUUUUAUUUCGGAGAGAUAAAUAAUCAUGUUUUGUUGCAAAACGCUAUAUAUCCGCCUCAUUCUCGGAGGAAUAACUAGUACUGCUAGGUUUAACACAGUCAAAUGUAAUAAAUAAUAUUUUUUUCAUAAAGAACUGCACAAAUGACAUUUGUUACAUCACUAUAAAAAAAAUGAAACAAUAUAGUAAUUUGAUCUGUAGGAUGUAAAAUAUUUACAUUUGACAUUUGAGUCAUUUAGCGGACACUCUUAUCCAGAGCGACUUACAGUUCGUGCUUUCAUCUUAAGAUAGUUAGGUGAGACACACAUAUCAGUCAAAUGUACAAAAUUCGAGCUAAACAAUGGGUGUAUAUAGAGGAAAAAUGGGUGAAUAUAGCGUUUUUGGAACAAAACUCUUCAUAUAGACAGUCUAUUCCUCAUGUACAAUAAUGUUAUACAAUCAUAUCAUAUUUUGGACUAAACACCAAAGGAACUCCAAAAGAUUGAGCUUAGUGUAGAUAGAAGAACAGCCUCUAUUCGUAGGGCAUGGACUCUACAAGGUGUCGAAAGCAUUCCACAGGGAUGCUGGCCCAUGUUGACUCCAAUGCUUCAGUUGUGUACAGUUGUCAACUUGGCUGGACGUCCUUUGGGUGGUGGACAAGGGAUCAUAGCUUUCACUCUACAUCUUGAAAAGAGCACGAGGUGUUUUCCCAAAGCAAGUAUGGAAUAGGCUACCUACUGACAUGUAGUCACUCACUGGCAGUGUGCUCUCCUAGUUUCCAAAACUUUCUCAGUUCAGUCAAUCAAUGCAAUUUUCUGUUUACUGAAUAUCAAGUGCUGUUGAAAUUGUAUGUAGUUACUCUCAUGUGAAUUUCUCUUGUUCAUAAUUUAUUUCCACCUUUUUUGCAAGGUGAGGGCUAGACAAUUUUGCCCCCAACCCAAAUCUGUUCGUGCUGUCUUGCAACUCCUCUGGUCAUUGUCCCGCCGAACAGUUUGACAGAUCUGGGACCAGGCUAAGACGAUCAUGAUCUGGAUUUGGUUGGCAGAGCACUUCUAGGUAAUCUAAUUGGUCAGUUGAUACUUUUGUCAGUGACUAUGUUUAUAUGCACUCCAGAGGAGGCUGGUGGGAAGAGCUAUAGGAGUAUGGGCUCACUGUAAUGGCUGGAAUGGAAUGGUAUCAAACAUUGAAACCACGUUUGACUCCAUUCCAUCUAUACCAUUCCAGCCAUUACAAUGAGCUGUUGUCCUAUCGCUCCUUCCACCAGCCACCACUGAUGCACACAGUAUUCCAGAUAAUAGCUCAUAUCCCAUUUAAGGUCCUGUUCAGGAUAUGCUGUUUACAUGCACUUUUGCUAUCCCGCGUAUAAGUAUUUCUGUAUCCAUGAAUAAACAAAAUAUUCCUCAUUUGCCCAGGGACGGCAGGAUGAUUUUUUUGACGGAA